AUGAUGAACGAAAUCUUUAAGGAUCUGAUCGAUGAAGGAUGGAUGAUCAUCUACAUGGACGACAUCCUUAUCUUCUCGAAUAACAUGGAAGAACAUCGACAGCAUACGCUUCGAGUCCUAGAACGACUCAAGCAAAAUGAUCUGUUCGUCAAACCGGAGAAAUGCACGUUUGACUCCCAAGAAGUAGAAUACCUUGGGAUGAUCAUAUGUCCGGACCAUAUUGGAAUGGACCCGAUCAAGUUGAAAGGAAUCUAG